AUGCCUUCUUUCAAUUCCAGCACAGAUAUCAUCGAACUCCGCGGCACCCGCGUCAACUGGCUCCACCGAGGUGGACGGAUUUGCAUUGACGGCGCACAGUACGAAUAUUACGACAGCUCGGACGACGAAUCCGUAGUCAACCGACCGGGUGUUGGACGGACUGUGGAUAACUUCAUUUCCCGCAUAUCGGCGCCACUGGAGAUGUUCCUCGGAAACGUCUGCGAGCGUAUGGCAGCACGUCAUCUUAGAGGAGCCAACGCCGCUUUUGCUCGUAUCAUCCUCCGUGCCGAGUCGGGGGAUCCUUCCAAAAAGGUUCGCAAGCCCCUGGAUCUUCCGCACUGGCUACAGGCUUUGCGCUCGGGGAAAAUAGAUCCAACCAAGUUUUGGUACCAUCUUGAGACUGCUGAAAACACGGAAGAACAUCGGGAAGUGUACUGCGCAAUUACCACCGAUGUAAAGAAAUUGAUUAAGUAUGCUAUGUCUUCUACCAGCCGUCUAACAGCAAUUUAUUAUCUUAUUCUUCUCCUCGUGAUGUUGCCUCGCACUGCCGCGUCACUGGUGAAGGGUCUGAAUGUCAGAGAUGCGAUGGUCCGAUUGGCAGAAGAGGCGUGCCGCAACGGUAGCUCCCCCUCGAUCGCCGCCACUCUCCGGCCCAUCCAGGAGACUGCAUCGGAUCUCGAAAGAUAUACCGUAUCUACCACCGGGGAUUUACCCACAUUCACGGAUUUUUCGCAAUCGGACGUCGUGCAUAUGUUACACGGGCAUGCGAGGGGCGUUUGCGGCUCCGCCUUCUGGUAUCUGCUCACCAGCUCGGGGUCAUUCUCGAAGCUCCCGAAGCAUCAGAUUCGGGACGGCUUGGCGGCACUGACUGAAGACUGGACAAGGCGAGUCGUGUACUGGCUGAAGGCAGCGCAGGUGAAUAGUCUUGACGUCACGAUAUACUCACUCGUGCUCCACAACAGUCGGCGCAGCCGCGCGCCGAUGGUGACAUACACCGAGCGGAUCCUUCUGUGGCUCCCGGUAUUUCGCGUCCUCUGCGAUGAGGACUCUGAAGGGCUGCUGAAGUUCCCGCCUUUAUUGGAGUUGACGCAGAGCAUUAUCCAGUCGUACACGCGCAUCCUCUCGGCCCCGCUGUGUGGGCGAAAUCCAGACCAUCUUGAACCUCUCACCGCGGAACAACGAAGGAGCAUCGAAAGGGUCUAUAAGAGACUUUCGCACUCGAAUUCGGUUUCGGAAAGGGUGUACAGAUUCCAUUGGACUUGCCGUAGCAUCCUGGAUGCGCUCGAGGGGACGCUUUCUCCCUUCUUCCAAUGGUGGGCCACCUACGCAGUGGGGGUUCGGGGGGCUAGCACUACCUCACCGACCCCCCUACAGAAGCGGGCGUGUGAUGAUCUUCUACGAUUGUUAACGAGCAACGAGUGCUCGAAGGUGGAUGCGACCCAAGGAGCGAUUCUGCAUCCUUUCUUUACCGCCCAAGUGGCUAAAACACUGGGAGAGAUCCUGCGGGACUCAGAAUUAACAUGUCGCUCGACGUGCUUGCCCGUCUACGCAUCCAUACUCCCGGUGUGGUCGUCUUUCUCGGUCGAGGAUCGUUCACUUUAUGACUCCCAUCCUUCAACCACAACUACGAGGGAACGGUCUGGUGCCGAAUCGGGAGUACACCCUGCGUCUGCGUCCUCAGGAAACGGUCUCCACUCGAUUGAGACACCGGAAUAUCAUUUCACCCAGAGGCUGCUGGAGCAUUGGGAUAAUCAUCUCAAAGCUUACUUGCGCAAACACCCUACGAUAUCUCUCCCAGUAUUCAAGGUUUCUCUUGUAGCCUGA